CCAUCGCGACCAAGGUUUGGCUUCUUUUUUUUUUUUUUUUUGCACUCCAUGUCACUUGGCAAGAGAGACAUGAGCAACGAGAGCCUGUACCAAGAUCGCAAGGACGUGGCGCCCAUUCGCUUCACGACGCAGCCGCCAUCCCACCAUCACCAUGGCAGCCUUGGUGAGCAGCAGCAGCAGCAGCUGGAGUGCUUCUCUGAUGAGGUGGACAGCCGCGGGUGCGCCGAGCCGAAGGAGCAUGCGGGGACCCUGGUUGUCUCCGGUGGGGGCGACGGGGCGAGCAUCGAGGCCGCCAAGAAGCGGAGGGGGCGGCCGCCGGGGUCCAAGAACAAGCCGAAGCCGCCCGUGGUGAUCACGCGGGAGGCGGAGCCGGCUGCCGCGAUGCGGCCGCACGUGAUCGAGAUCCCCUGCGGCCGCGACGUCGCGGACGCGCUCGCGAGCUUCGCCACCCGCCGGAACCUCGGGAUCUGCGUGCUCGCGGGCACGGGCGCCGUCGCCAACAUCUCGCUCCGCCACCCCACGCCCGGCGUCCCCGGCGCCACCCCGGCAGCCAUCGUCUUCCACGGGCAGUACGAGAUCCUCUCCAUCUCCGCCAUGUUCCUGCCUCCCGCCAUGUCCACCGUGGCGCCGCAGGCCGCCGCCGCCGCCUCCAGCGUCUCCAUCUCGCUCGCGGGCCCGCACGGCCAGAUCGUCGGCGGCGCCGUGGCGGGCCCGCUCUACGCUGCGACCACCGUCGUCGUCGUCGCCGCCGCGUUCACGAACCCCACCUUCCAUCGCCUCCCCGCGGACGACGACGCGUCGGUGUCCGUCUCGGUCUCCCUCUCCGCUGGCAGCGGCGACCCGGCGGACGAGCACCGCGGCCAUCAGCCCGCGGAGCCGCAGGAACAGCGCCACGUCGUGCUACGGCAGCCCGCGCCGCACCUCGCCUCGGCAACGCAGCCGGUGGAGCCGUGCGGCCCGAUGCCCAUCUACGCCUGCCACCCGCCGCAGCCCCAAGAAGUGAUGUGGCGGCCGCCGGCUCGUGCGCCGCACCCGCCGCCGCCGCGACCGUACUGA